AUGCUCGUUGGGUUGUUGGAUUGUCCCGCACAACUGAAUUUCUAUGACAGUUGUGUCGACAGUGGUUUUGGUAUGGAGCAACGAAUAACAUGGUCGAACAAUGACCAAAUUCUUUUCCAGCUGUUCGACUUCUGCAUUACUUUCGACUCGGAGGUUCGCUGGACAUGGGGGAGAAAAUGGGAGAUCAUGAGGAUAGCCUUUGUCAUUUCUCGCUAUCUGCCGAUUGCAAGUGUUGCUAUGUACCUAUAUUACAACGUCCAGUCACUUCAAAGAGGAAUUCCUAAUCCUGGAAUGUUCAUUGUCGUAGAUGGCACCAUCACCACCUUAGGUUCUGCUGCUGCUGACGUGCUGCUUGUGGCAAGGACAUAUGUGUUUUGUGGUGGCGAAAAGAGGAUUCUGAUCGCAAUAUCAUCAUUUGGCAUGGCCACAAUGGCAGCUAUGCUAACAGUUAUAAUUAUUGUCGCGAAUCAAUCCGGAAAUCCUCGGUGUGGCGCAUGGGAAGGACAACAAAGCAUCAUUUAUGGUUUGCACACAAUCUUUCAGCUUGUGUUAAUGUUCCUGACACUCUACAAACGCUUCAAACUUCACCGAACGGAGAAUGGUCAGUUGGUUACUACUAUAUAUCGGGAUGGUGUAUUUUACAUGUUGUGCAUUACUCUGUUUUCGAUGUUGAACUGGGUCGCCAUGCUUAUGCAUCCUUUAUCAUUUGUUCGCGGUUUCUAUGGGCCAGGCCCACAGACAGUCAUGCGCAGUGUUCUCGCCUCACGCAUUCUAUUCAACCUACGAGCAGCGAACGAAUUGGGGGAUGUCAUUGAAAACCUGCCGGUUGUCCCGAGGACGGUCUUUGCUCAACGGAUCCAAACAGCGUCUUGUGUGGAUCAUCUAGAACUGUGGGAUAAUACGGACCCGUAACUUAUUUUAACUAUAGUUCUGUUAGACAUAAAUGAAAACUCAACACACGCUCGUUCUUUGUACGCCU